CUCAUGUUUUCGUAUAUAAACAAACAGAUAGCUAAGUCAAAUGGAUCGAAAAUACCCAAGAAAACUUAAAUAAAAUAAGUAUUGUGUAAAAAUUUGGUUAAAAUUACCAAAUUUUCAUCAAGUGAACGGUUCUUCUAUCAAUCAAUAAAGUAACAAUAAAUUGAUGCUGUAGUAUGAAGAGCGACAAUAGAAAAUAUAUAUUAAUAAAAUAAAACAACAUUUUAGUCUUAACUAAAUUUUUCGUCGAAGAGCAUUAUCGCCGGUAGCUCGCAAAUAGUUACAUAAAUUUCUAUAUACAUAGACACACGCUCCCUAAUUUCAAUAUAUAACAUAUGCUCCCAGUUGAUGAGCGAUCAGCAGCUGUAGCGGGCAAUUGAGAGCACUUGACAUUUGUUUGCAAAUUUACCGUGUGGUAUUAAUCUUGAAAAUAAUAGAAAUGAAGUUUACAAAGUGAAUAUAUAAAUCAAAGAGAAUAGUUCUUAAUACCAGCACCUUGAAAGAACCAUAUUGCCAAUAUAAAAAUCUCAAGUAUUUCAUUUUCAAAGUGGUGACGAAGCCAAAUUCCUUGUACUCAAUAGGCCCAGUGUAUAUAAAUUCUACAGACAAAACAACAGUCGCACACACAAGUGGCAAAGACCUUGUUCUACAAGAACAUUUAAAGUGAAAUUCAUAUCAAAAAAUGUCGCACCUAGAAAUUUUCUUUUGGUUGCUAGCCUUUGUGCUAGUCGUUAACACUAUACCUGCGUAUGCAGGGGUUGCACACGCUCAUAAACACGAAAAACAUAAUAGUAAAGAACGGCUUAAGGAUGGAAUAUAUGCUGGACGUGAUGCACACCAUCAUGAAAACGGAGACCAUAAUGUGGAAUUUGACCAUGAAUCAAUAAUAGGCAGCCUAAAAGAAGCAAAGGAAUUUGACAAACUUACACCCGAGGAAUCCAAAAAGCGAUUGCUUGUACUUAUAAAGUUAAUGGAUUUAAAUAAGGAUGGCUUUGUUGAGCGUCAUGAGCUAAAAGCUUGGAUUUUAAGGUCUUUUAAAAAACUUGGUGAAGAGGAAGCAGCAGAUCGCUUAGAAGAAAUCGAUGUGGAUGGUGAUGGAAAGGUCACAUGGAAGGAAUAUCUGAAAGAUACUUUCGAAAUGGAAAAUGAAGACGAAAAAAAGGAAUUAAUUGAUUUUGAUAGCUACGAUGAAGAGAAAGAAAUGAUUAAAUCAGAUAAGGAGCUAUUCAAUGCGGCAGAUUUGAAUAAAGAUGGCGCAUUGGACGCAAAAGAAUAUGUGCUUUUUUAUUCACCAGAAGAACAUCCAGAAAUGUUGCCAAUCGUAUUGGAACACACGCUGCGUGAGAAAGAUACCAACCAUAAUGGUGAAAUAGAUUAUGCAGAAUACAUUGGCAAUGCAGGGCAAGAUCGUAGCCGCGAAUGGUUAGUUGAAGAAAAAGAUCGUUUCGAUCACUUGGAUGAGAAUGAAGAUGGUCUACUAACCGGUAAUGAAGUACUCAACUGGGUGGUGCCAAAUAGCGAGGCUAUAGCUACAGAUGAGGUCGAUCAUUUAUUUGUAUCGACAGAUGAAGAUCAUGAUGAUCGCUUAAGCUAUUUGGAAAUACUAAACAAUUACGAUACAUUCGUCGGUAGUGAAGCUACGGAUUAUGGCGAUCAUUUACAGAAUAUAAACCAUUUCCUUGACGAGCUAUAAGCGGACAAAUUAAACAACGGUUUUAAUCAAAUUUGCGUUUAAUGCCAUAUUAUUUUGCGACUCCAAACGCUUGUCUAAACGUACAAUAGCAAAUUGUGUUUUAGAUUUUCGUUUAGAAAUUUAUAUACACAAUUAUUAUUAAUUAUACACAUAUGUAUAUAUUUAUAUACCCAGGCUUAGUGUAGUUUUUAUUAUUUCUUAAUGUUCCUCCGCCUAUUUGUAUAUAAAAUAGAAUUUUCUAAUUAUUUAUUGUACAGUAAUAAGAAUCAAUAAAUUUACCACCACUACUAUUGUA